GUUGCACAGACUUGUUUAACAAUGGUGGACCACGGUGGCGAGAAAUAAUUAUAACGACCUUUCAUAAUGGACUAUUAUUUUUUGUCGUAAUUUCGUUUUCACUACCGAUCGGGAAUAAUGGCGACAAGAACUUACAAACUUGACCUAGACAACCAGAAGAGAAACGUAUUCGUGACUCAGCUGCACGAACGAGAAGAUGAAGAUGAUAUUACUGCGUUCCCCGUUGUCAAGGAGUCUGGUGCGAAGCUGGUGGAGACUGGGAUCAACACUCUACAGAAGACUCUCCUACUGAAGAAAGAUGUGGAAGUCCAGCAGGUGCACGCCGACCUCGAGAAGAAGAGACAAGACUUCCGAGAACGUAUGGACGCGUGUGCCAAACGGCAGGUGGAGAUUCAGAAGAAACAACAACGGAUGAAAGACAGAGUGGAGAAGUUUGAGAAGUUUAUUCAAGAGAAUGAGGCGAAGAGACGGCGCGCUAUUCAGAAGUACCAGCAAGAGGUUAAACUGCGCAUGCAGAAAGAUUCUGAUCUUAAAGUAUUGCUGGCUCAGUUGGAAGAGCUCCAUGACAGGCACAAAUACUUGAAAAAUAAACUUGCGAAGUACAAAAAGUAUGAAGAUUUCCUCAUGCAGGUCAUCGAUGCAAUGCCUGAAGACUACCUGCCUCCAUCAGAAGACAAGGUCAAAGGAAUGAUGAUGCGACACCGCACACUGAACGAUUCAAACCUAGAUCUUGUUGGCCAUCUGGAACGCAUUGAGGACCAGUUGGAAGAGUUGAAAUGUGAGCUGACUGAGCUGAACAAGGAACACAGUAAACUGAAGAUGUUCAACAACAGUGAGUUGUCACGGUUACAGGACAUCCAUGAGGACCAGGUAGAAAGCAAUGAAGAGAUGGAACAGUCUUUCCACAUGAGCAAGGGUGAACUCAGAUCAAGGAGAACAGAAAUAGGAAUAAUUUUUAUGGCAAUAGAUAACAUAUAUGAAAAGUGUAGGAAGGAACUGGAUCCACCAGGUGAUAAAAUGGAACUAGAAGAAAAACUCACAAGAAUAAAGGAUCAUUUGAAUGACAGGACGGACGUUGCCCUCAUGGCUCACCCAAACAGUUCUUUUGUACCAAGUCCAUCACCCGAUUCUCACAAGUCCAAGUCCCCCAUCAAGAAGAGAGUGUUUAUCGAUGCACCCUGAUUCCUACAGUGACACUCUCUUAAACCUGUAGGCCUAACGGUUGUGUUUUAAUAGUCAUUCAGGUGACCUUGUGACAAAUACUUACAUGUUUAUUAUUAUUUGUGUUGUAAUUUCUCUUGUUAAAAAACUAUGGUGGUUGUCGAGAGUAUAGAAAAACAAACCUCAAGAAUGCUUGUGUAUUUAAUGAGUCGUUAGUACUGGGAAAAUGUGGAGGACCUACUGUCGACAUGUACUGGUUUUACUUAUGUGGGCAGGUUAUGCUUUAAUUUGUAUGCAUUUGUCCAUUGUUUAAACUAACAUUUGUGUCAUCAGUUUUUGGCAUUGGAAAGUUUAAUGUAGUUUAUUUUACAAAGUACACAGUCAUUCACUAAAUGCAGUUUGAAUUUAGAAUGCACAGAGAUUGGGGACAUUCAAAAGAGAAAGGAUUGAAAUUAUCAAUAGAACAAAUAACAUACUGAUAAUGAAAAAUAUUUUGGACAAAAUUAUCAUAUUUUCUGAUACAUUAAGCAUUGGUGUUUGUCAGACAUUAAUAACUACAAUCAGGGCAAUGCUGUCAGACAUUAAUAACUACAAUCAGGGCAAUGCUGUCCGACAUUAAUAACUACAAUCAGGGCAACGCUGUCCGACAUUAAUAACUACAAUCAGGGCAAUGCUGGAAGAAUUUUGCUUUAGCCAACAUUGAGAAGUAUACUGUAUAUUUGUUUUAUAAAUUAUUUAUACUACUGGGUUAUUUAUUUUAUUUAAAUAUGUCAUAAUUUACUUCACUUUUUAGUCAAUUUGUUCAAAAUCUAAUACAGUUGAAUUCCGUUGGCUCAAAUCCUGUCGAUGCUCGAUGCUCGAGAAAGUGUUUGACCCAUCGGGUAGUUCGACCGAACCAUUCGGUCAAUAUUGGACAUUUCCAUAACAUCAGUUAGAAAGCUGAAUUAGAUACAAAUUAUGUAAUACAUGUAAUUGUUCUGAAAUAAAAUCAAUAAAUGGCAAAUUCGUAAUCUGUAUUUAAAUGAAUUUAUUACCAAACAAUUUGAAUAUUUCAACAACAAAACCCCCCCAGCAAUGUUCACUUUCGAGAAAUGUAGUCGUGUUCAAAGUAACACUUUAUACUGAGGGGUUUCUAGACGUUUCGUACCCAAACCCAUUCGUACCAUACCAUUUCGUAACCACUAGCAUACUAGUUCAUAACCAAUUAAAUAAUGUCAUACAUUACACCUAACAUUAAUUUUUUUUUUAAAUACACAAUUAUAAUGUUAUAUUACAAACAUAUUGUAACAUUUAGCAAAACAAAUUUUGUAAUAAUCACUCAGUAUCUUUUAUAAGCAUUAAAUGAGCAAUUAUGUGCUGUGGAUCACUGAAGCAUGCCGUUUCAUAACCAAAAAGCAUACCUUUUCGUAGCCAAAGAGCAAUUCUUUUGUCUUGUAAUUUGGUGUCGAUUCCACAGUGCAGCGAUGGUGUUUAUUGUUAUGCAUAACCGUUCCAAGAUAUCGAUCGGAAUAUUUCGCAAGACCGAUCCUCUCUUCGUACGUAGAUAUGCUCAAAACAAAAACAUUCAUACACGCACACGUACUUACGUGCGCAUACGCACGCACAUAUAACAAAAAUAUAUAAGAUCUGAUAUCCCAUUUUUUUGGAAUGUGAACUUUUUUUUAGGUCUAAUAAUGCCUACAUUGUCCGAUAUAAUACAUUUUUGAUAGAAGAAUACAACUUUUUGUUUUAAUUUAUCCAUUUGCUUUAACACAUAUUUAGUAUCUGUCGCAACACGUCCAAUCUGCUUUUUGCUUAGUCCGAACGGACGUAGAAAGUAAUGUGCACCCUGCACUACCAUUUGCUGUGCUAUUUUAAGCAGACGAUCUGGUUACGAACUGGUAUGCCUUUGGGUACGAACUGGUAUGCUUUUGGGUACGAACUGGUAUGGUACGAAACGGUAUGGUUACGAAACGACCUGAUACCUACUGAGGCCCAUUUGUGCACUAAUUGUUUGCUUGGUAUUAGGGUUCAUCUCACAGUUACCGUAACACGAGCUGUACUUGAAAGAUCAUUACCGAUAGCCGCUUAACAAACAACAUGAUAAGUGUGGUAACGAAAGGAUUGCAUGGCUAUAGUUGUGAUUCCCCGAUUCAUCUAUAGUUCAUUCCACCUAAAUAAUUAAUCCGAAGGUUGUAAUAACCAACUGCGCAAACGCAGAAAUUAUUGGUCCUGUUUGGUGGUUUACCAUUUGAUAUUUGAUGGAUCACCACUUUGAGGAAAAUAUAGCUAUUAACACAAGUGGGACCAAUAAUUUAGUUUGAGCGAAGGCUUAUAGUCGACCCUGGAUGUGUUCGACCCAUCAUCAGUUAAUAUACGGGUUUACCAAACAAAAAACUCGGGACUUCGUUUUUGGUUCGAGCGUUGCCGUGUGUUUGACCCUUCUGAGGUCGAGCCAACAAGAUUCUACUAUAGUUGGUCAGUUUAUCUACCAACAUGCUAAGCUGUAUUACAAAUGAGUAUUUUUUAUUAUGGUGAAACACGCUCUUAGUUAACUAUAGGGGUCUACUGAUUUUGUGAUUCAAUACUUUUUUAAUGAAGUUUUUAUGUCAGUAGUUCCCAAUUGUGCAUCCGUUUUAUAUCAAAUGUCUGUCCAUAAAUUUAGGAUAUACAUCAAAAUUGGUGUUAACUUUUUCAGUUCAAAAGAAUGCAUAUUAAAAUAAUACGUGUACUUUGUAUUAUUCUAUGUGUAUGUUUUUGUUUUAAAGACAAACACAUGAAAACAUAUAAGUCAAAUUUAAAAAUAAUUUAUUUUGAUAUUUGUCACUAACUGAAUAUUUUAAAGUUUGUUAUUAUUUAUGUAGGUUUUUUGUCUUAUGACAGACAUUUAGCUGUACAAACUGCCAUCCCUACUAACUUAGUGUAGUCUUCCAAACUGCAAUGUUGUUAUUUAUAUUGUAAGAUGUUUGAAUGUGUCUGUGAGAAGAUAUUUUAAUUGUUUGAGUGUCAUACAAAAACAGAUAAAUGUAGAAAUUUUUCAAGAUACGGUUUACUGGAUGUUUUGUGUUGGAAAAUCUUUGUUCAUUUGAUAUCGUAUAUUUUAAUAAUCAUAUUUUAGAAUAUUGGUAAUUACCUAUAGUUUUACCUACCAUUUUAAUAGUGUAUGAUCCUAAUUUUGUUCUGACCAGCAUUAUAUUAUUACCUAACUUACCACAUUGCCAAAAUAGUCAUAUUGUGCCUUCCAGUAUGUGCCAGUAAAUAAUGUCAUAUUACAAA